GCCGGAGCCUCUGUGGCGACUGGAUGUGUGGAAGCAUCGGUACACGACGUCGUCGCGGUCUCUCGUAGUUCUCCCAUCCCCUCCCCCGCCCCUGAAACCCCACCACCUGUACCAGUAACCAAUCCCCUUCAAACCUCUCGCGCGAACGGGUAUCGGACCGUCAUCAUCAUCAUCAUCCCCGAUAGAGCUUUAUAGAGUGGCUUUCAAAAUUAAAAUACUUGCCCAGACGAAUAAAUAUGAUGGCUUCGCCGAGAAAUAGAUGAUUCCCGAAUCUAGUAGUAGGCUCGUAACACUCCGAAAGAUUUAUUAAAAAAAAAUUAUUUUAAGAUAAGUUUUAACCCCUCUCGAGGAUUUGUGUUUUAUGUGUGUGGUUGUACGUGAGUGAACCAGUACGGAAAAGAUUUUAUUUAUAUAUAUAUAUGUAUUAUUUUUUUUUAAAUUCAUCGAGAUCCCCCAAAAGCAACAUGUGAUACAGGGGGAGGCCAACUAUGAGUGUCCUAGUCACCACCCGGAAUCUACAGGUCAUGUGUCCUCGGUGCAAUUACUGUUAACGAAAAUGUGAGAAUGAGAUAGAAAAAAAAAAAAGAGGACACUACAAUAAGAUCAUUUGAGGCAGGAGAGAGACAAGACUCGAUGAUUUGCCACCUAUAAUUUCUAUUAUAUGCUGUCAAUGAACCCUUUCUAAAGGAGACUCCCAGACGGCGAUCCAUCAGUAGUUCUUCGUCUCUUGACGACUCAAAAAUGCCACGAAUCAAUCCGAACAGGACAAUGACAAUGGCGAUGCCGUAUAGAAGCAGGAUCCGCAUUUUCCAUUUCGCCUGGUUACUGGUCGUUCUCCUCUACAUGGGUCAGGUCAUUGGCACGGACGGUGACCUCGUGUUGAGGGACAACGGAUACGAGGGCCUGGUCAUCUCCAUCACCGAACAGGUGUCGCAGGAGCACUGUAAUCACAUCAUCCACGGAUUAAAGAGCGUCCUCCGAGAACUGUCGAGCAUGAUGUGGGCGGCCACGAACGGGCGGGCGUCGAUCCGCGAGGUGACCGUCUCCUUGCCCCGAACUUGGAAGAUCAACUCCCUGACCUGCUCGCUUCUGAUACCCCUCCUGGCGACCACCUCGCCCACCGACGCCCACAUCCUGGUCACCUCGCCCCACCCAGCCUUCGGGUCGCGCCCGUGGACGCAGCAGAGCCAGGGCUGCGGCCGCCAGGGGGACUUCAUCCAGGUGGGCGGAGACCUCCUGUGGACGUCCUCGAACGACUCCUACACCCACGCCGCCCGUCUCCUCCUGAUCGAGUGGGCGAAGUUCCGAUGGGGCGUGUUCGACGAGAGGGGCCACGUCAACGACCCCCUGUACCCGCCCACCUACAGGGACCCCAACACCUACCAGUUCUCGGCGACGGCUUGCGCCGACGGGGCGGUCAAGGGAGCGGCUUGCGAUCCGGUCCAGCCGGGCUGCGCCUUCUCGCCCGACCCCUACACCAAUUCCCACCUGGAAUCGUCGCUGCUGGCGUUGUCGGAAUUGCCCUCUGUCAGGAAGUUCUGUAACGACAAGACCCACAACCGAGUCGCCCCUACGAAGCACAACGCCCUUUGCGGGGGGCGGUCCGUCUGGGAGAUCAUGCAGCAGACGGAGGACUUUAUCGCCGGAAGGAACCAGGCUGGGAACGGGAGCCGAGGACUGGAUCCUUCCUUCAAAUUCGUCCAAGAGUCGUCUCCGAGAUUCGUCUUCGUCAUCGAAAAUACGGCCACGAUGAACCUGCAACGCCGUUGGGAAUUCCUGCGGAAGGCGAUGCGCCGCGUCGUGGUCUACGACGUCCCGAGCGGCUCUCGCGUGGGCGUGGUCACCUUCCACUCGACGUCCGAAACCCAGGCUUCCAUGACGUACAUCGAGGGCGAGGACUACGAACUCAGGCAGCGAGUCGGCUCCGCCCUCCCGAGGAACCCGUCCCUGGUGCCUGAGAGCCAGAAGUGCAUCCUCUGCGGCCUCCAGGAGGCCAUCAGGGUCAUCGGCGAGAACGACCAGUCCUCGGCAGGCGCGACAGUCGUCCUCAUCACCACCGGGUCGGGGCCGACGCCCGCGCAGGAGGUGAGCGAGAUGAUGCGUCUGGCCAAGGCGCACCAGGUGAAGAUCGAGGUCGUUCUGUAUCCUCUGAGCGAACGCCGCGGGGCGCCUGCCGUGUCCCACGGCCUCGAGGAGCUGGUCGAGGCCACGAAGGGCUCCAUCUUCACCGUGAUGGACGAAGGGGUGGGCAACGACUCCAAAGUCAAGAUGAUGGUGGCUCUGAUGGACGCCAUGUUGGCCACCAUCACCAAGAGCGCGCCGCCCAACGCGGCCGGGACUUCGGUUUUGGUGCACAGCGAUGCCUUCCCUGGAGGGAUAUCCUCCACUUCGAGGGGGACCUUCGCUCUGGAUGACUCCCUGGGGCCCAGCGCCAGGUUCUCCGUCUAUUAUUACGACUUGAAUCACGUGGGCAACACCAUCCAGCUGACCUCGCCCUCCGGUGAAGUUAUCGCUUCUGGAAACGUCCAGGAAGAAGACUUGAACGUCAAUAUGAUCUUUGUGAACCUGGAAAAGGCUGAGAGAGGACUGUGGACCUACAGCGUCGAGAACCGAGCCGAUUCCCACCAAGGCCUGUACGUACAGGUCACCGCCAAGAGGAACUCCUCCACGGGGUUGCAAGUCAGGCUCUGGACCAGCACAGGGUCGAGGCCUGUCAAUACAUCUGACCCUUCGACGCCCGUGAUCAUCUACGCCGAGGUCAAGGAAGGCAACGCCCCCAUCUUGGAUGCCAGGGUUGUGGCCAGGAUCCAGCGCCUAGGAAGCAACGCCACGGGCAGCAACUACAACCCUAUCUUUCUGGAUCUGUGGGAUAAUGGGAUUGGAGACCCCGACAUCACGAAGGGCGACGGAGUCUACUCGCGCUACCUGGUCAGCCUGCACGGCUACCCAGGGCGCUACCUCCUCAGCGCAGACGUCGACUACAACACGGGCCUCGCCGUCGUGGCCAAAGGGCCUCCCACGAGGCACCAUAAGGUCCCCUCGUCGCAUUUGCCUCACUACUACCAACACGGCAGCUACGACACGCCUUCUUCCUGGGGCGCGGGCGGCGGCGCCGCCGACCAAUCCUGCUGCGGGUCGCGCGUGCCCCACGCCCACACGCGGCGCGUGGCGCCCUUCCACCGCCACGUGACCUGGGGGGUGUUGGAGGUCAAUUCGCCCAUCACCCGCCACGAUAACGUGCCCCCCGCCAGGAUCCUCGACCUCCGGGUCGAGGUCAACGACACCAUCCACGAGAUCACGCUCCGGUGGACCGCCCCGGGGGACGACUGGGAUUUCGGGAGGGCCCACCGGUACGAGGCCGUCGUGGCUCCUUACUGGAGGGAGGCCAGGUCCUUCCAGGGGGAUCGGCUCACGGGGCUUCCUCAGCCGCUUCCAGCGGGCACCUUGCACACGACGAAUUUGUAUUUUACGAGAUACGAAGAGCUGUGGUAUGUAAGCCUCCGUGCAGUAGAUGAAGCUGGCAACACUGGAGGCAUUGGUAACAUUGCUGCUCUCUGGGUCCCUCGACCUCCCACGACUUAUGAAAUUACCACCAGGACGCAGCCGGGACUGACCACUUCAGGCAACUACACGUUUCCUUCAGAGUUGGGAUCAGGCAAACCUGUUGGCGCAUCAGAACUUGCCAUUGGAGACAUAGCAGUCAUUCUGGGCAGUAUCGGCGGAUUCCUGAUCGUGGUGGCUAUCGUCGUGACUUUCUGCUACUGCCAGACCAUAAAGAGACGCAAGCAGCACCAGCAGGAGAUGGAAGUUGAAAAAAUGAACGGUGGAGGCAACGGCGGGAGCGUCAUGAUCAAAUCGGGGUCCCUGGGCAUGGAACAAGGAAAUGGGAGCCACGAAUCACUAGACAGUGUGGUCAAAGAAGUACCCGACGGGUGUCCCAUCGGGGGCCGUCCCCUCUCCCCAGUUCAGUCGUGGGGGGCUUCGACCCUCCUCAAAGAGCACGAGAGGCGGUUGUCCAUCCCAAGUGGCACGACCGAGGCGUCCGUCGUCGCUUACCCCGUCGAAGGGGUCCCUCUCCACGCUCCCUACCCGGACGUCACCGUCAGAGACUAUCGCCCCGAAGCAGGAACCAACGACAAUGCCCCGGUAUUCAUGCCCUGCCCUCACGAUGAUGCACCGUGCCAUUGUGCCGCCCCAGGGCCCGAAUACAAGAGCUAUGCUGCUGCCUGGGACGAGCCAUUAACCGGUCAUCUGCUCUCCCGCGCACGAGAUCCAGUUGCUCCCACACCCACCUCCCACCAGGCCCAGGUCGCUCAAGUAGAUCGCAAGCGACGAAACGUCACCCAAGUUUAAACUAUGAUAGGCAAAAGUAGAUAGAAGUCAUUCAUGGUUUAAAAAUUAGCUUGGGUAUCAGGUGGUGCUUCAUGCUCAAUUUAAACUUCCCAUUUCCUUUGAUAGAUAGUGUGAUACGAAGGAGAACAGAGUGAAGGAAGCCUAUAGCAGGCCAUUUUACAGGGUAUAGAAAUUGGAAUACCGUCGUGUCCUGCAGUAGACUCGUGAACAGAUUUAUCUGCCUCUGGUGAAGAAGGGAAGCUGAUGCUUUCAUACAGUCUGCUUAAUGGAGUAGAUAUGGGGCACUUGCCUGCCUUGGUAAGAGGCACAGAACCAGAGGGGGGAAAGAAGCUAGGGUUUCUGAAGAUCUUGUACAAGGACAUGGAGGCUCAAGUGGCUUUGUGCAGAGAAGCGAGAUGGCGCUGUAUCUCUUCAAGAUGUCGGGUUGUUGGAGGUUGCCAUUGCAGCAAAGCGCUGAGGAGAGAGAGGUGCCAUAUGACAGAUGGAUGAGCUCAAGUCUUAUAGCUACUCUGGGGAUUGUUCUUGCACUGAGGCUUCCUUACAUGGCAAUUUUCAAGUUGCGUGAAAUGGCAGUUGGGUCUCUGUUAAGCCCUUAGGAGGGGCACUUUCAUUAAGCACCCUGGUAUUCCACUUAUGGAGCCACUAAGUCAUGAAGCAUUUGAGUCUUACCAGGUUGUAUUCUUGAGCCAACUGAUGUUCCGAGAGGAGGGAUUCUGCGCCCCUCCUGGGUUAAAAUUUGAGGUUUCGAAGAAUGGUUCAGUUCGCUAUUAAAGCACAGCUGCCAAGAAUGUACGCGCGCGAAGAUUUUGUGGUGGCUUGUCAAUGUCUCAGAUUUGAGAACCACAAAUAGAUGGAAAAGUGUUCGGUGUUAAGAGACUCUAUAGGUGCAGACGUCACCGAGCAACGCUGUAACUGAUCUCUGCGAGUGAUCGUUUAAAAGUUACCCGGACACUGAAGCACGGAACAACUUUUACAAAAUGAUUUGGAAGAUUUCGAAAGUGAGUUUGACGUAAAUACGUUAUUUUCUAUUUGCACUAGUCGUUCUUCCCCUCUAAAAACACAGGAACAAGCUUCUUUCGCAUUUUAGUAAACAGUGGAAAUUCAGAGAGACUGAAAGUGAACUCAAAAUUCUUUACGUUUAAAUUUCUGUCAAAACGAGAAACUUUGCAGCACUAAAUUAUAGUGAAGUUAUACAGUAGGUCGUGACACAUUUGGAUUUAGCUACGUAAAAAAAAAAGAAUUGGCAAGAAGUAGUUAAAAUAUUUUGCUUGAUUUUUAUUGGUGGCCAUUAGCUAAACAUUCUAACUGUGGAAUCUGAGAUAUGAUUUUCGAUUUGGUGUCCGUAUGAUUUGCGCGUCUUCGCUAAGUGCAAGGGACCAAUUAUAUCAUGAUCUUAAUUUAAUUCCAUUCCUUAAAGCAUAGACGUCUUUCUCUACUGUCUGCCAAUUCAUAUAUAUUUUUUGUCCAUAUUAAUUCUACCAUUUCAAUGACAAGCAUAUCAUAGGUCAUAUGAUUUAUAGCAGAUGAUACAGUAUUAAAAAAAAGAAUGUAUAGUAGAUGUUUUUAAUGUUACAUGUGAUAAAAUGUAUGCGUACAUUACAUAUAAAUCAGAAGCGGCAUUAUUAAAUGUUCGACGAACCUUGGAAGAAAGGGCACCUUUAUCCUUUUUUUUUCUUUGUUUUUUGUCACUUUAUAAAAUUCGUCCAGGAACGAGUUCCCCAAAAUGAAAAAUCAAACUUUCCCCAAAGAAUUGGGUCUCUGUUCUCCUCAGUCGAAUUAACUUUAUUCAAACCCAAACAUUAAUUUUCCUUGGGCGAUAUAGUCAUUGUCCACAAGAAUUUCAGCUAAGGGGAAAAUUAAAUUGUGCAACUAUGAGUAGUUCACAAACAAAAGAAACCUAUUUCUUCCUCAGUCUUGGGACUGUUUUAAGAAAACGAGCAUUUUUGUAAAUAACUGUCUUCAUAAAAGUUCCCAGACUGAAGAAGGGGCUAAAGUAGAAUUUUUCGUUGAAAUGUCAAAAUCAAAUUAUCAGUCAUAUAUUUGUCAAUAAGAAUAUUUAUUAAUACCGCUUGAGCUUUCUGAUGUGCCUCUUAUAUAUUAUAUAUAUAAAAAUGUCUGUCUUUCAUUCUCUCUCUCUCUCUCUCUCUCUCUCUCUCUCUCUCUCUCUCUCUCUCUCUCUCUCUCUCUCUC